AUGUUACUUGUUUUCGUGCUCUGGUUUUCCGCUGCUUGUGGCCAGUUAGUCGGUGGACCAAAAGAAAUCCCCUUAGAUGAACUUUCUAACUCAGAGUUGAAAUCUGCUUUCCGAUCAGCUGAGCAAUUAUUUAAUAGCAAUAUAUUUCUUAGGAACUAUUAUGUAAUCUCACAGAUAACGAAUGGUACAUCACAAGUUGUUGAAGGAUUUCUGUAUCAUUUUGAAGUCAAAUUUUCACCAACUAAUUGUAGUAUACCCGAAGUGGAAAAAUCCAACUCUACAGAAAACUGUGUGUUAAGUGGUGAAGGGCUUGACCAAAUUUGUAAAGUCCAGUUUUGGAGUCGACCGUGGCUUACGAAUGAAGAGCGUAUGAUCACCAGUAUCACAAUCUGCUCGCAAGCAUGA